UUUUUUCUUGCCCACUCGAUUCCCGCAUUACGACGCCAUCCACAAUAUUCCAUCGACUCGUACUCCGUAUCGAUAGCCGGCUCGUCAAUGAUGGAAUUCUUCCCCAGUUUUCCCUCCCGAAUUGUCUCUCCCAUCGACUAGCAACCGGUGAAUAUUGGCUACGAGUACAGCAUGCAGCAGCGUUGAGUCUCUCCACCCCAUCACCAUCUUUUUUGGCUUUUGUCCCUGCGCCUCGAUCUGCUCGCCACUUCGGUUCCCUGUAGGUGCCUCUUUUUUUUCCCUUGCCUGCGCAGUUUGUAUAACUAGUCGCCUCGUAUUCCGUCUGUGUCGGAUCUUAUUUCUUCUCUCUUGCUCUUCUUUUAUAUCCCAUAAUCUGUACCAGACAAACUGUAUCUUCAUUUUUUCUUUGGACAUUCGUUACAAGUCUACAUAUACAACUACAUUCGUCAUGCGCCCCGCACAGCUUCUGGCCUUCGUGGCUGCCCUUCCUUCCACCCUUGCUGCCUACAAGGGCUUCAACUACGGCUCGACCGGAAGAGAUCAAGCUGCGUUCGAGGCUGACUUCAACUCGGCCAAAAACCUGGCUGGCUCCAGCUACACCUCGGCCCGCCUUUAUACCAUGAUCCAAGAUGGCACCACAAACACCCCCAUCUCGGCCAUCCCAGCUGCCAUCAACACCGGCACGUCGUUGCUGCUCGGUCUGUGGGCUUCGGGCGAUACAUUCGCCAAUGAACUUGCCGCCUUGAAGGCCGCGAUCGAACAAUACGGUAGCUCGCUUGGCCCUCUCGUCGCCGGUAUCAGUGUGGGUUCGGAGGAUAUCUACCGGAUCACGCCCAUUGGCAUUGAGAACCACGAAGGAGUUGGUGCUGGCCCGGCCGUCAUUCAAAACUACAUAUCUCAGGUCCGAUCCGCCAUCGCCGGUACACCACUUUCAGGUGCACCAGUCGGCCACGUCGACACUUACAAUGUCUGGACAAACUCAAGCCAGAAUGCUCUGAUUGGAGACUGCGACUUUUUGGGUGUCGAUGCCUACCCGUACUACGAGACCACAAAGGCCAACAGCAUCGGUAACGCCAAUGCCACCUUCUGGGAUGACUACUCCGUCACCGUCGCAGCGAGCCAGGGCAAGCCAGUCUGGAUCACCGAGACCGGAUGGCCUGUUUCGGGCCCAAGCAGUGGUCAAGCCGUGGCUUCGGUCGACAACGCAAAGACCUACUACGAUGAUGUUGCCUGCCACGCAUUCGCCAAAGGCGUCAACACCUGGUGGUACAUUCUCCAAGACACCGGUGCCAGCCCUAGUUUUGGUCUCGUUGGUGCUGGAUCCCCUCCGCCCACGACACCCAUCUACAGCUUGAGCUGUUAGACUGGCUUUUGAGGUGGUGAGAUGCUCAUCAUUGUAUAUGAUAUCAUGAAUAAAAGUUGGUAGAUGUCGGGGUUGGACAAGGUAAUACUCGCCGCGGCACUGCUAGACGAUUGGAAAUAGAUAGACACGAUAAUGGAAUAAUGUUUCAUGCAACAUCAAGUCACUGUAGGGAGCAUUUACAGGAGAUGAAACUGUCUCGUGCGAGGUCAACUGACAAACAAAACAAUGGACAAAACUGUGUACUCGUACU